AUGGAUCCUAUCAUUGCUCAAAUUCAAGGCUUGGCCAAGAACUCCGAUGAGAUUGGUCGACUGAAUAUCGUCAAGACUCUUCAAAGGCUCCAAGUCGAGAUACAAAGUCCAAAAGACACCCUUUUCGGUCUUGCAGGCGCGGGCGUGACCAUAGCGAUGCUUCGCGUUAGUGCUGAUUUGGGACUCCUCCGUCUUCUUGCUAAGAGCAAUAGUCCCUUGACUGUUGACGAAAUUGCAGUGUCGACAGGAGCUUCUCCUCAGCUCCUGGAGAGAAUCCUGCGCUAUUUGGCAUCAGCAGAAAUGAUCAAGAAAGUUGAAGCCAAUAAAUAUGCUGCUAUCCUCUUAACCCACAUCUUGGCCGAUCCCAAGGGCGAGGGUAUGAUCUAUCACGCAUUUGACACCCAUGGGCCCGUCAUACAAGCCAUGCCAGACUUUUUCGCAGAAAACAGCUACCAGGAUGUCACUGUUAACACCAACACCCCUUUCCAGAAAGCUCACAAUACCAAGCUUACAUCCUUCGAGUGGCUCAAGCAGCAUCCAGACCACUUCAUUCGUCUGCAAGCGGUCAUGACGGCUAUGAAAGGAUCGGAAUGGACAGAUGGAUUCAGUCUCAUUCACGAUGAAGCUCAGAAAGCUCCUUCCGCUGCCCCACAGCCUCUGGAAAAGCCUUUCUUUGUCGAUGUUGGUGGCGGUCAUGGUCAUCAGUGCAUUGAGCUCGGAAAGAGAUAUCCUAACCUAUUAGGACGUCUUGUUCUCCAGGACCUGCCUGAGGUAGUGGAUAGUCUUGCCCCAAUUGAAGGUGUCAAGACAGAAGGCAAUGACUUCUUCCAGAAACAGCCCAUCAAUGGUGCCAAGUUCUACUAUUUGCGCAGAAUCAUGCAUGACUGGCCUGAUCUGGAGGCCGCAAAGAUUCUCCGGAAUAUUGCCUCGGCCAUGGGCACUGACUCUAGAAUCUUGAUUGACGAAACCGUGCUGCCUGAAACUGGGGCCCACUUGCAAUCAACAAUGGCCGACAUUGCUAUGAUGACAUUUGGUGGUAAAGAGCGCACCGAGAGUCAGUGGAGCGCGCUUGCGGAAAUUUCGGGUUUGAAGAUUGAGCAGAUCCACACUUACAUCGCCUCGACCUACACCGCUAUUCUGGUUUUGGCACCCCAGUGA